AUGGGUUUCGCAAAAUUCUUUGUACUGCUACUUCUUAUCUCUCUUGCUUUAGGACAUUAUGGUAAGCAUCACCACCAUCAUCAUGAUCAUGGCCAUCACCACGACCAUGCCCAUGACCAUGCUCAUGAUCAUUAUGCUGAAGAUCACCAUCAUUCAGAAGGAGAAUGUGACCAUGGCCACGAAGAAAAGGCCAUUAAUGAAUCUGUAGACCAAGAAAGCCAUGAAACAUCUGGUGGCUGUGGCUGCAGCCAUGGGGCUGAGCAUACCUAUGAGACCGAGCAUAUCGAGUCACAAAAGGCAGAUCUUUAA